CGCGCGGCAGAUACACAGGGACUGGGUUGCGGCGGUUGGUCCUCUCCCGGCCGCCGUCGCCUCCGACAUAUUGCCCGCAGGAGCUGCGGCGGCGAAGCGGAGAGCGCCGGGGGGAGGAGAUGGGAGGACGAAGAGGUCCCAACAGGACAUCCUACUGUCGAAAUCCACUCUGUGAGCCAGGAUCCUCUGGGGGCUCUGGUGGGGGCCAUACUUCCAGCACAUCAGUCACUAGUGUCCGUUCCCGUACCAGGAGCAGUUCUGGGCCGGGUCUCUCUAGCCCCCCACUGGCCACCCAGACGGUCGUGCCCCUGCAACACUGCAAGAUCCCCGAGCUGCCAGUCCAAGCCAGCAUUCUGUUUGAGUUGCAGCUCUUCUUCUGCCAGCUCGUAGCCCUCUUCGUUCACUACAUCAACAUCUACAAGACAGUGUGGUGGUACCCACCCUCCCACCCGCCCUCCCACACCUCCCUGAAUUUCCACCUGAUCGACUUCAACUUGCUGAUGGUGACCACCAUUGUUCUGGGCCGCCGCUUCAUUGGGUCCAUCGUGAAGGAGGCUUCUCAGAGGGGGAAGGUCUCCCUCUUUCGUUCCAUCCUGCUGUUCCUCACCCGCUUCACCGUUCUCACGGCAACAGGCUGGAGUCUGUGCCGCUCCCUCAUCCACCUCUUCAGGACCUACUCCUUCCUGAACCUCCUGUUCCUCUGCUAUCCGUUUGGGAUGUACAUUCCGUUCCUGCAGCUGAACUGCGACAUCCGCAAGACAAAUCUCUUCAGCCACAUAGCUUCCAUGGGUCCCCGGGAGGCUGUGAGCGGCCUGGCACGGAGCCGGGACUACCUGCUCACUCUGAGGGAGACGUGGAAGCAGCACACGCGGCAGCUGUAUGGCCCCGACGCCAUGCCCACCCACGCCUGCUGCCUGUCACCCAGCCUCAUCCGCAGCGAGGUGGAGUUCCUCAAGAUGGACUUCAACUGGCGCAUGAAGGAGGUGCUGGUCAGCUCCAUGCUGAGUGCCUAUUAUGUGGCCUUCGUGCCUGUCUGGUUCGUGAAGAACACACAUUACUAUGACAAGCGCUGGUCCUGUGAGCUCUUCCUUCUGGUAUCCAUCAGCACCUCAGUGAUCCUCAUGCAGCACCUGCUUCCUGCCAGCUACUGCGACCUGCUCCACAAGGCCGCUGCCCACCUGGGCUGCUGGCAGAAGGUGGACCCAGCGCUGUGCUCCAACGUGCUGCAGCACCCGUGGACUGAAGAAUGCAUGUGGCCACAGGGCGUGCUGGUGAAGCACAGCAAGAACGUCUACAAAGCAGUGGGUCACUACAAUGUGGCCAUUCCCUCUGAUGUCUCCCACUUCCGGUUCCACUUCUUUUUCAGCAAACCCCUGCGGAUCCUCAACAUCCUGCUGCUGCUAGAGGGUGCCGUCAUUGUCUACCAGCUCUACUCCUUAAUGUCUUCUGAAAAGUGGCACCAGACCAUCUCACUGGCGCUCAUCCUCUUCAGCAACUACUACGCCUUCUUCAAGCUGCUGCGGGACCGUCUGGUGUUGGGCAAGGCCUACUCCUACUCCGCCAGCCCCCAGAGGGACCUGGACCACCGCUUCUCCUGAGCCCCAGGGCGACCCAGGCUUCAGCCAGGGCAUACCUGGGAAGGGGCUGUUGGCGAGGGAUGGGUGAGGGGGGAAAAAAAACAAAAACUGACACACAAAAAAAAGUCCACAGAGCUUUGUAUUUUUGUUACAUACUGUUUCUUUCUUUGAUAAUUGAUAUGAUUAUGAGGAAAAAAAGUCCUAUUUUUAUACUCCUAA